GUCAGCUAAUCUUGUGACCGUUAUCAUAAUACGAAUACAUAAAUAUUUUGGUGUGUGUUACGAUGUUAACGUAAACGGUUUUAAUCAAAUUACAUAAACAGAAUGGAAUAAAAAUGUUAAAAUAUGCCUCUGAUGUGUAUAUGUAUGCAUUUUUCUUUAAAAUUUGUUGAGAAUAAGCAUUGAGACAAAUUACUAAUAACGGAUAUGGAGGAUAUCGAACACCUACUUAAACCGAUUCGUCAAGACAUAGUUUAUAAACGAAGGUGGUGGCUUUUAUUAGCUUUUGCUAUAAGUGGUUUUACACAGAACAUUGUCUGGAAUACAUGGGGCCCAAUAGCACAGUCUGCAAAGGAGGUAUUCGGAUGGAGCGAUGGAAAAAUUGGAAUGUUUCCGAAUUUGGGCAAUAUUGCUUUUAUUUUUACUGUGUUCUUGGCUAGUUACUUCAUGGACGAAAAAGGUUUAAGAAUCUCCGUCAUUAUUUGUGAUGCCCUGGUUCUUUUGGCCGCAGGAUUGAGAUGCAUUACAAGCAUCCCGAAGUACGCCUCAUGGUUGAUAUAUUUGUCAGCGGUACUGAAUGGCAUAGCUGGGACUGCGUUGUUUGCAGGACCUUCGCUGUUGGCUUCCAUUUGGUUCCCGCCAAAUCAGAGAGCUACAGCAACUGCCAUUUCCGCGUUCAUGGGAUACGCAGGAUUUGCAGUAUCCUUCUCAAUCGGUCCACAGCUGGUGUCGGCUCCAAAAUACAAGACAGUAGUAACACGAGAUUUAAGUGGAAACUCUUUCAAUUUUGAUAAUGGAAUAACCACAACUGCGGCAAAUAUAUCUCAUAAUCAUACAGUGCUGUUAAAUUUUGAGCAAUUGAAAGACGACAUCAUGCGAUUAAUGUAUUAUGAAUGUGGAUUAGCAGCUGUAGUAUUUAUUGCCGUCCUAAUAUAUUUUCCUGAUAAACCUCCUUCGGCACCAAGCUACACAGCAUCAGUCAAAAGAGUCGACUAUUUAAAUGCUAUCUGUAAAUUAUUAACUAAUGGUCCUUUGUGGUUAAUCUCAUUAGCUUGUGCAAUACCAACGGGUGUGUUUGGAGCAUGGGGUGCUGUACUGGAUUUAAUACUCAACCCUGUAGGAAUUUCUCAGAUGGAAGCAGGUUGGAUAGGGUUUUACGCCACAAUAGCAGGAGGUAUAUCUUGUGUUUUUGUAGCAAGGUUUUCUGAUAUAUUUAUGAAACAUAUGAAGUUAUUUCUCAUGUGUUUAUUUUUGUGUGGAGGAUGUGCAAUUGUAUGGUUUACUCUUAUAAGUACCAGAGUAUUAACGUUUUCUACAAUUCAGUUAUACUCCUCUAGUAUUCUAGCAGGAAUGUUUGUGAAUGGUGGUAUAGCGUUAUUUUAUGAACUAUGUUCUGAAACGUCAUAUCCGGUCUCAGAAGGGGUAACUGGAGCCUUUCUAACGACGUUAAACAACGUUAGUGGCACAGUAUUACUGUUUGUUCUACAGAUACCUGGAAUAGGGACAUCCUGGGUCAAUUGGGCAGUCGUAGGAAGUAUAGGUGCUGGGCUUUUCUGUUUAAUAAUCUUCCCUGAAAGAUACGGAAGAACAGAUCUGGAUAUAGCCAGUAGGAAUUACACUGAUAUGGUUAUAGAUGUACCAGAUCUUUCUGUUGACAAUCCUACUACAAACCAAGCUGAUGUUGGUCAUAGUGAAUGAAUAUUAGUAAUCAAAACUCUGUUUCCAUCUGCUGUUUUUAAUCUGUAUUGCUCUGUCAUAAUUACAAAGACUGUAACAAGUACAGGUGUAGACCAGUUUUGCCAACCGAUUAUGUCAGUCCUGCAAUACAAUUGAAGAUGAGAAACAUUUUAUUUUGUAUUGCAGGAAACACACAACCAUUAGAUUAGCUCUCAUUUAAAAAAAAUAAUCAUGGCAAGGAUAAUUGUAAUGAAAUUUUAAUAAUUUAAAAAAAAAUGCAAAUAUGAAAUAUAGUCUCUGCCCAUCAAACAAAAAUUAGUUGAAAGCAUAUGUUCCGUUAUAAAGCAUUUGUUAGUACUCAGGGUGGGGACUCGUAAUUGAAUUAUAAACUUUACUAGAAAAAACCCGCGCGGCUUGAAAACUACUUGAAAUGUUUAUGGUGAUACACAGCUUGGGUUCGUGUUUCUCAAACUGUUUUUAUGCACUGAUGCAUUAUGUUGAUCAUAAAAUCAAUCAUGAUUAGUAAAGCAGGUGAGACAUUCCAGCUUGUGCACUCUUGUUAACACAAGAAAAAGUGUUGAUAGCUGUGACUACCAUACAUGCAGAUGUAUCUAGGUAAAUCUGGAAAAAUAUGUGAUCUAUCCUGAUACCUCUUGUUUGUAUUGGUACAAUAUUGGUCCUGAUAGUUCACACCGUUUGCUUGUAAGCAUUUUAUUUUUUAAGACAAUUUAUUUCCAUUUUUUGGUGUUGUGAAAUUGAUUUCACAAAACACAGCUAUCAUGGUUGAAAUCAAUAUCUUUGUAACACCAACAAAUCUGUCUACUCGCCAUUUUCAAAUUUGGUACAUUUUAUUGAUCUUACAGAGAUGAAAACUGCGAUAUUCAAGGUCUAUAUGCCCCUCAAAUAAAACUUUUAACCAGGAAA